GAACCCCACUUGGUUCAAGCCUUGAACGGUUGACGAAGUCUCCAAAUUUAGAAUUAAAAAAAGACGUGCACCAAUCACGCAAUUCCCGCCAUCUCUCCCGCCCAUCAUCAUUCUUCUUGCAAUGGAAAUUUAAAAAAUAAAAAAAAAAAAAACUUUUUGAAUAAUCUAAUCUAACAUGUUCUGGCUUCGGCUCGGGACGGUGUUGACUCGUGACCAACUCAGGGAAAUUCUUUAAUCCAUUUUCCCACUACGUGUUUAUCAUCUCAAGACAAAGAAAGCUUCCUCUUUGCGAUUACAAAAUCAGAUCUUCUUGUAUCGGAUCCGAUAUUUGGGUCGUCGUGAUCAUCGUUCAAUUCAAUCUUCUGCAUUUUAAUUCGGAGGACCCAUCCAAAGCGGAGGAAGAAAGAACGAUUUCGCAGGCUUUUUUGGUCUUUAAUCUUCAUCUUUUUUAUAACACAACAUCAUCAAGUUUCUAAAUAAAGAAACUUCCUUCUUCAAUGUUUUUGUUUGGAGAUUUGUAGUGUUUUACUUUUUGAUCUUCAUCAUCAUCAUCAUCAUCAUUAUAUAGAGUUGGUUGUUUUAAUAUGGGCAACAAGCUAGAUGAUGAACAAAUCGCGGAACUUCGUGAGAUCUUUCGUUCUUUCGAUCGAAACAACGACGGAAGCCUAACGCAGCUGGAGCUCGGCUCUCUCUUGAGAUCCUUAGGGCUAAAACCAAGCUCUGAUCAGCUGGAAACCCUAAUUCAAAAGGCUGAUACUAACAGCAACGGCCUAAUCGAGUUCUCGGAGUUCGUCGCCCUCGUGGCGCCGGAGCUACUCUCCGGGAGGUGUCCGUACAGUGAGAAGCAGUUGAAGCAGCUGUUUAGUAUGUUUGAUAGAGACGGCAAUGGGUUCAUCACCGCAGCCGAGUUGGCGCAUUCGAUGGCGAAACUAGGGCACGCAUUGACGGCGGAGGAGUUGACGGGUAUGAUCAGGGAGGCGGACUUGGACGGUGAUGGGAUGAUAAAUUUUCAGGAGUUCGCGCAGGCGAUUACUUCGGCUGCCUUUGAUAAUUCUUGGGCUUAAUUUAUCUGUGUAUGCAUGUUUUAUGGUAUGAACAAGUUUGUUUUUUGGUUAAUGGAUGGAUUAUUUGUUAAUAGUUGCGAAUACUUGUGUGUUGAUUCAGAAUAAUCGAUAUUUUGCAUACA